UUUGUUCAGUUCAUAUUACUUUUAGUUUGUUUCAAUAAAAAAUAAAUAAAUAAAUCAUAUUACUUUUAAUUUUUUUUUCUUCUUUUUCUUGAACAUGGCGAGAGUUUCUAUUUUAUUAUGUUUGGUUAUAUUGGUUACAUUAGGAUUUGUGGGAAGUUUGUCAUAUGCACACGACACGGAAGUGACAUCAAAAGAUGUGGAGAGUAGUCAGAAAGAGACUGAAGUUGUUCAUAAAAGUAAACAUGAAGAGAAAGGAGGAGAAAAGGUGAAUGAUGAUCACAAAGCCGGUUCUGAUGUUGAUAAAAAGGACAAAAAGAAAGAGCAUGAUGUGCAUAAAAAGGAUGAUCAUCAUGAAAAGAAAGAGCAUGAUGUGCAUAAAAAAGAUGAUGAACAUGAAAAGAAAGAGCAUGAUGUGCAUAAAAAGGGUGAUCACCAUGAAAAGAAAGAGCAUAAGGUGCAUAAAAAGGGUGAUCACGAGAAGGAUGGUGAUAAGAAGAAGAGCGCUCAUCAGCAUAAACAUGGUAGUGAGAAGGAUGAUGAUGAUGAUGAGGAUGAUGAAAAGAAGCAUAAGGAUAAAAAGAAGGGUGAACAUGAUGAUGAUGAAGAUGAAUCUGAUACCGAUGAUGACACUGAUGAUGACACCGAUGAUGACGAUGACGAUGAUGAUAAAGACGAGGUUGAUGCGGAUGAUAAUGAAAAAGAUAAUAUUGGAUUAUAUGAGCUCAAGAAGGGAAAUAUAACCAUCAAACUCACAAACUGGGGUGCUUCAAUCAUGUCUCUUCAUUUCCCGGACAAAAAUGGAAAAGCUGGUGAUAUUGUUCUUGGUUAUGAUAGCGUCAAAAGCUAUAAGACCGACAAGGUCUAUUUUGGAGCAACCGUGGGACGAGUAGCGAAUAGAAUAGGAAAGGCCCAGUUCAAACUGAAUGGUAAAGAGUACAAGACUACCGCCAACGAUGGCAAAAACACACUUCAUGGUGGAAAGAAAGGGUUUGGCGAUGUUGUGUGGGGAGUUAAAAAACACAAGUAUGAUGGCAAGAAACCUCAUAUUGUAUUCACUUACACAAGUCCUGAUGGAGAUCAAGGGUUUCCCGGAGAAGUCAAUGUCACAGUGACUUAUAAGCUUGACAAAGAAAAUGAACUGAGUGUGGUGAUGGAGGCAAAGCCUAAAGAUAAAGCAACUCCGAUAAACUUAGCUCAUCAUAGUUAUUGGAAUCUUGGUGGUCAUAACGCUGGAGACAUUUUGUCUGAAGAAAUACAGAUCCUCGGGUCAAGUUACACUCCUGUCGACGGUGAACUCAUUCCCACCGGAGAAAUAUCUCCAGUGAAAGGAACAUCGUACGAUUUUCUCCAACUCCGUCCUAUUAAAGAUAAUAUGAAGGAUCUUAAAGCAGGAUAUGAUAUAAACUAUUGCUUAGAUGGUAAAGCUGAUAAGAUGAGGAAGAUCGUGGAACUCAUAGAUAAGAAAUCUGGGAGAAAAAUGGAGUUAUCCGGAAACCAACCCGGUUUGCAAUUCUAUACCGGUGGAAUGUUAAAGGAUAUCAAGGGAAAGAAUGGGACGACUUACCAAGCUUUCGCGGGACUAUGUCUAGAGACGCAAGGUUAUCCAAACUCAGUAAAUAAUCCUAAGUUUCCUUCACAGAUUGUUGAACCAGGGAAAACAUACAAACACACCAUGCUCUUCAAGUUUUCUAUUGUUUCAUAGAGUGCCUUUGGAACUAUAAUCAAUAUUCACCUGACAAAAAAAUCAAUAUUCACAAAGAUGAAACUAGAUAGAUUGUAAGUCUAUAAUAGCUCUCGAUCUUUCAAAUUUCAUGGAACUAUAACGUGUAAUUAAUUCAUCUGUACAAAGUUUAUGCAUCCAUUUGUAACACUAGUUUUUUUAUUUAUU